UACAAACUUCCGGUUCAGAAAGAUGUCAAAUUCUGAAGAAAAAUAUAAAAAACUUGCAGCCGAAUACGCUAAACUUAAAUCUCAGGUCCCAGUGCUCAAAAAGGCUUACCUGGAUGAACAGUCCUCCCACAAUGACCUUAAGUCGAGUCUCAAGGAGUGUGAACAGACUGUACGGAAAUAUGAGCAGGAGGUGGACAGUCUGACGUUUCGCAACCAACAGCUGUCCACAAGAUGUUCUCUACUACAGGAGGAGUUGGAUGCUUUAGAGUCAAAGAAAAAACAUAAGAAUAAAGAUUCUCCAUCUCAUCAUCCCGGCCCUAGGUCUCCUGGUAUCUUCAAUGAGGAACUACAGAAUAAGAUUGAAGAAAAUGCACGACUGCAUAAACAGGUACAUGACAUUGAGCUAGAGUAUAAGAGCCAACUGGAGAGCCUUCAGCAGAAGCUGGGGCAGUUUGAACGGCAAUGUAGCGAACAUGAGCUCGUACUUAACUCCACGGUACAGAAGAACCAGGCACACAUCGAUAAACUCCAGGAGGAAAAAGCCAUGUUAGAGGUAAAGCUUCAGUCAAUGGAUGCAGAUAUGAGAGACUUUAAGACCAGAACUGUGAAAGCGGAGAGCCAGCUAGGAUCAAUCGAAAGUGAACUCAAGGACAAACUGAACCUUGCUAAUAAAAUCAUAGCAGACAAACUGCCUUUCAUCGAUACUAGAGUACGAGAGUUGAAUGGUUUAAAUCUUCCCACACAUGACAGGCGCCACCAGCUGCGUUCACGAGAACUUGUGAACCAGUCUGCUACUCUCCUAGGGGAGGUAAUUCAGGCACUUUCCAAUUUCUACACUUACACAGAGCAGAGGUCACAGAUCUACCCUGCUGACGGGAAAGCGGAGCCAAUCAGUCCAGUCAAUGUGCAGUUUUGUAAGCUUCUGCACGAGCACCUAUCAUAUCUACGUCCAGUGGAGCAGUCGCUCAAAGACUUCCUAGUUACUUUCAAGGAUGACGCACUCACCACAUUGGAAACAGCCACCGGUCUUCAGGCUUUUGCCAAAAAUGUGAAGAGAAUGGUUGCUUACAUGAACAAACUAUUACCCUAUCAACUACAGAGCCUAGAGGAGGAGUGUGCGGUGUCCUCAUGUACGUCCAUGCUUCACAACAAAAACAUGGAGCUCCAUCGCUCGCUUAAGAAGCUCAACGCAAUCUUUAACAAGCUUGACACUGUCACCAGUCUGCUGGCAGCUCAAAGCACAAAGACAUGUGGACACAGUCCAAGUAAUCACCCACGAAUGUUCGCCUUGCUGUGUGAUGAUUUAGUCCAAUUACAUGGCACUGUCAGGGAGGUGUCGAAGCAUUACAAUGGCAAGGUAUCAUUUGAGCACCAGAUGCCAACGGCCACACAGAGGUUGAAAACAACGGAUGAGUGUGUUGUGUCUUCCCUCGUCUCUCUAGUCACAUCCACUGGCAAGUUCUCCACAUUCCUCUCUGGGAACCGAGAGUUUUUCAGCCAGCGUGCUGGGUACCGUACUCGAGGAAGUAGCAUGAGCGGAGACUAUGCCAACCAAUCAGUACGCUCCAACCCUGCCAUUGUGACUUUCAGACAACGGGCCGCACAUUACAUAUCAUCACUUUCCAGGCCAUGUCCAGAAUCUGUGCCUCACCACAUAGCGGUUCAGAACAGGAAGGUUCUCCUGAGUUCUACCGAGAGCAAGGAGGGGCUCGCUAAACAGAUUGAGGCAUUCCAGCAACGAGUAGGAAGACUUGAGCAAGAAAAGGAACAUUGGAUGUUGGAACAUCAGCUACUCAAGAUCAAGUUUGAACACGAGGAAGAGAAAACCCGGAAGCUUGAAAAAGAGAUGGAGAAUUCCACACAAGUGGAACAAGUCACCUCGAUACAAGACAAUGUGGAGGCUCCUAGACCAGUCCGUAAGGGGACCGACUCUGACAAGAGGCUAGAUACAACCAUGCUUGGUAAGCUAGAUGCUACAGGCAAGCCUACAGGCAAUGUGGACACAAGAGAGGCAUUGAUCAAGAACCACUUCUCUGUCAGAAUCAACGACCUCACCCAGCAAGUUCAGCUCGCUGACAGCAAGUGUGUCUCCUUUCACGCUGAGGUUCGAGCCCUCCACAAACAAAUCCAGAUGGCAGAGCGGGCCAAGAAGCAGUCUGAGGAUGAACUCAAGGCGAUGUCACAAACAUACGCUCAGCUUAAGGAUGAGCUAUCCACGACUAGUAAGAACUAUGAGAGCCAGCUGAGCAUGAUGAGUGACCAUCUCGCGGGAAUGAACGAGAAACUCACACAACAGAAAGACGAAAUUGACGACCUCAAGACGCAAAUUGCCAAGGUCAACACUAAGUCAUCAUCUUCAUCGCCAGCUUCAAAGCUACUGUCAUUGAAGAAAUCCAGAAAAUAAACAGACCUCAGCAACCUACACCCUCGCAGCUUAUAGUGAAAUAAACACAUGGUAGAUACGUUCAUAUGGAUUUAGUGUUUCUUCAAAUUGAAUCUAAUCAUGUGUUUCUGAAUAUUGUGCUCCUAUAAUAAUCUGCUUGUUAAGAGAUCUGCUUGUUAAGAGAUUUUUAUUUAACAUUUAAAACAAAUUGUUACAACCAUACAUACCCUACUGAUUGCAAAAACUUACCAAAACAAAGAAUGAUAGCAAGUCCAUUUUGCACUAAAAAGAUGGUCCCUUUUUACUGCCACAACAACAGAUACGAAGUCAGUUUCAAUGCUUCAAAGAGUUUCGCUACUCAUCAGGUUUUUGCGAGAGUAAUUUAAAGCUGCAAUUGAAUUGGUCUAUUGAAGUAAAACAAAUGCAAAUUGUUAAUGUAUGAAUGCCUUGCAGGGCAGUGAGCUUGAAUCUUGACCAGUUACAAAUAUAGUUCUAGAUCAUACAUAAAAGUAGAUGCCAAAUUGCUGAUGGGGGCAGAUACUUUUAACUGUCGAUCGACAAGCAAUAAUGUUGUGCUUGAUUUGAACUUCACUUAAUGGAUUUGGGCAGAAUUACAAACAUACUUAAUCAAUGCUUCAAAAUCUUGUUACAAUUCAAAUGCAAACAGUAUUAUAUUUUUACAAAAUUUGAUUCAUGAAGCAUCAUGUGCACUUCUACAAAGCUCCCAGUUUUUUAUGAUAGUGUAUACAGGUAUAAAUAUUGAAAAAAGUGUUCAUCGCUGGUCAGAAUAAAGGUUACAUGUACUGGUAAUUGUAAUGUUAUAUUCUCAAGGAUACAACACAAAAUUCUAAAUCUUUCAUAUAAACAGGCAUUAAAAGCAAUGUUUUACGUACUUUAACCCCUGUUUUGUUACUUAUAAUAGAUGCAUCAGGAUUUAGAUAAAAAAGGUCAGUGUAGUUGUCUGACAGUGUAAAAUCAUCACACAUACACUCAAAAAAAUGAAUAUUUUUAUAUAUGGAAAGAAAAGUGGGGGAAAAGCACAAUUAUCAUGGAAUUUGAUGGGCUGUUGUGAUUGUAGAAUAAACUGUAAGAUUAUAUUUUUUUACGUAUUGUAUUCAGUUUGUGCUGUCUAUCUGGCAAUGUGCAAUAUUUGUCAAAAGCAAAUGACAUCCAUUUUAUGUGUAGAGUAAUAAAUCUGUUUAGAUUACUAAAUGUACAGAUUUUUAGCAAAAUAUAAGAACUGAACAUUAAAGUUACUUUUCUUUAGAUAAAAGAAAAGUUUCCACAUCAAUGACUGUUUUUUUUGUCAACAGGGUAGAAAAGGACAACUUUUACCACAUAAAGUACUAGGAUUCACACUUUGUAUAUUGUUGCUAAACAUACAUGUACAGUAAACAAUUUUUUCGUGGACAAUAUUGUAUUGAUUUAUUAAAGAAAAACAUACUUGUAAAUGAAAAUGACUUGUAUAAAUAUCUAUUUAUAAAUAUGAUUUGUAAUAUGAUUUUAACAAUAAAAAA